AUUUUUUAUUUCCCCCUUUAAAAUUCACUGUAUUCUCCCUUCAAAUUCUCACAGAUUCUCCCCAGAAAUCUUUGAUUUUUUUUUCUCUCUGGCCAUGGAGGGCGGCGGACAUGGACUGAGCAGGCAGAGCAGCGCUCUGUGGCGGUCAUUCAGAAACGGCGAUUUCGAAGAAGAAGACGUGUGGGACGUUCUCAAGGAGAAAUCAACGACAACGAAUUCGAAGAGCUCCGAUGAUUCCAAGUUCUUCACCGAUUCGUCCAUUGUUGCCUCUGUUUCCGCCGCGAAUCACUUUCCGUCUGCUUACGGAAUGAUUCCUAGGCCAAACGGCAGCGGCAAUUUCCAGAUUGCGCCGCGAUCGGCUCCUCGGUCGAUUCCGCAGUGGUUCACACCUAACGGAAAUAAAAACCCUAGGAAAUCUGUUCCGGAGCACGAUGAUGACGGCGGCGGCGGCGACGACGACGGCGAUAGCGAGGAUGAGGAUGAGGAAGGAUUCGAUUGCAGAGUUCCGCCGCAUGAAUUGAUUGCGAAGAGACUGGCGAGGGCGCAGAUUUCAUCGUUCUCCGUGUUCGAAGGAGUUGGAAGAACUUUGAAAGGGAGAGAUCUGAGUAAAGUAAGAAAUGCUGUUCUUACCAAAACUGGUUUUCUCGAAUCACUAUAACAAUUAAUUAGCAAAUUUCCCAA